AUGGUGUCAACAACGCGGCUUCGGGCCAACUUGGUGCAGCUAAUUAUUGACGCUGGGCCAGUGGGUCUGGUAGCAGCGUUGACACUCUUCCAAAAUGGUAUCUCAGUUUGCAUCAUCAAUAAAGACCCCCAUCCUCGCAUCGGACAGUGUGGUACUGGAAUGUGGCCACGUUCCCACGAACUCUACAACUUCCUGGGCAUUUCAGAAGUCAUUAGUCUGGCAAAACCAGCCCCUCUCAUCCGCUUUUACAAGCCCAGAACAUUGGAAAGUCUGAAAGAUAACGGCCACAGAUCGAUGGGUCAACAACUCCUAGAUGUCAUUCUGCAACACCACCUAGAGAAAUUCUCUUGUUAUGUCAAGAUCAGCACCAAACUCCGCUCGUUCGAGCAGUCUGAUGAGGGAGUCACUGUUGUUCUAGCAAAGAAUGGCAUAUCAGAGACUUUUGAUACCAAGUGGAUCAUUGGCGCUGAUGGCACUAAAAGCAUCGUGCGCAAGCAACUUGGCCUCACAUUUUUGGGCGAGACUAGAGAUGAUGCCCAGGUUGUGACAGGAGAUAUCUGCUUGACAGACGUUGGCCUCGAAAGACUGCUGGUUUGGAUGAGCUACUUCAAGCCUAGUAAUAUCUGGAUGGUGAAUAAGUUUAGCAAGGGUCGAGUGCUCGUUGCAGGCAUGUCCAUAGCCCAAUGGGUGGUCAGGGACUCAAUUCAGGCAUACAAGAUGCAUAACAUGACGAGCCGACCUUUGGACUCUCAGCACGAGGAUGGAAGCUUGCGCUCAUCGAAAGGGCUUGCCAACAAAUCUCUUCUCGAGACAUACAGUGCUGAGCGUCUGCCUGUGAUCUCUGAGAUGCUCGGUGUGACCACCUCGAUUCUCAACAAGACGAUGGCAUCUAAAGAGCCGCAGAUCGAACAAAAUUCCAUCCUGUUCAUGCUCGGCAUCAACUGCCGAUUCAGCACCAUCGUACUCGAUGAAUUUGUGACUUCAGUCACAAAACCAAUCAACACAUACGGAGUGCUUGACGAGGGGCAUCUGGAGGCCGGGGACAGGGUGCCUGAUGCACCCAAUAUGCUGCAGGUGGGGCGCACAGAGCCUGGCACAACUACACUUUUUAGUUUGUACAGACCCUGGUACCACACAAUCCUUGUAUUUGCGCUGGGUCUCGCUGAUGCCACCCUGAUAUUGGGUGCACUGGAGACAUACAACAAAAUAAUGUCUGUCGUAUCUCCUGCUGAUCUCGUUCUCAUUGAUCAGGAGGGCCAUGCUUAUUCAGCUUACCUGAUGGAAGCUGGUCAGACAAAGGUGUUUGUGAUACGGCCAGACAGAGUGGUUGGGGCAUUAGUUCAUGGUACGGAAGGGGUGAAGAAGUAUUCAUCAGGGAAAUACAUUGGUUGGUGGCCUGAAUAUUCGUUCUUUACUUACGACUUUUAG